AGCAAGCUCUCUUUGCAGAAAACUCCUGCAUCAAAAUUCAGUUUUCGUUCAUCUGCGGUUGCCGUGCUCUAUCUGCUUUGUAAUCUCCGUCGUUGUGGUUUCUCGUAAUUCGAAAUGGCAUAAAUAUAUAGUAGAAGUUAGUGAUCAUUGUUGUAGGUAAAAGGUUUUCCUUUCCUGUUAUUAAUACACCAACGGGUGCGGGUGAUAGCAUUUGGAAAGGUAUCCGCUCAAGUGUAAAUUUCAAAGUGUUGGCAGUGAUAAAUAUGAAGAUGUUUCUCUUUCGCCAAAUAAUGUGAUUCACUGCUAGAGUAGCUUGAAUGUUCAGUGGUUAUCUGUAGAUAUUACAAUAUGAAUCAAAGGAAAUCUCAAGUGUAUUGUACCUAAUUGUCGCGAAACAUUAGACUGUUGGUAACUUCUAAUCUAUGUCACAAAGAAGGUGCCUACAUAUCUAAACGAUAGAAACUCAAACAAGUAGCAUCAAAGGCUGCAAUAUUCAGAACUGUCUCGUGACACUACGGAUAUUACAGAAGGAAGGGCUAGCAGUGGCCUCCGGCAGGAAAUAGAAGUGCAAUAUUUGUAAAAUCAGAAUAUUACAUCCUGCUGGUUUGCUUGCUGAGGAUACGUUUUGCGAUAUUUUGGAGUGCAGACAAUUUCAAAAGUGAGAGGCUGAAUGCAAUAGAGCACUUUUAUGCCUUGAAGAUGUCCUACCGCGGAUGAGAGUAGUUCAAACACAAAUUCUACAACGGCACUUUGCGGCGGCGAAAUCGGCGUCACUCAUUUGUCACACAGCGUCGAACGCCGGUAGCCCUAAAUGGCCCCAUGGCAUCGUGUAGCCGAGCGCACGCUAUCAAGGCGGCGUUGGUGCUGGGCUUCUUGCUGAUACUACUCAAUCUGAUUGCAUCCCGCCUGGACACAACACCGCUUGGACUGCCACGAAUGGGUGCCACGCAAUGGCCGAAACGCACAAGAACCAGUUCCGAGCGUUUAGCUCAUUUACAUCUAGAACCUCACGUGGAACGGCACAACGACAGCAGUCAUAAUGCGACUAACAAAACCAGCAAUACAGAUGUUUUUGCUGGCCAACCAGCCACAAUCAGUAAAAACAGCCAACUACAGAGAACUAACUUCUCAAACUCGAAGACAAAUCUCAACAUCAACGAUACAAAAUCUCCACAAAAACUUCUCGAAUCCGUGUUGCCAACAGAUGAGGCCACCUCAUCAGUUAAUGCAAUGCCGCACGGUCAACCGGCCGGGUCUAACCCACUGCUCAGCACGGUUCCAAGCAACACUAGCGGCAGUAGUUUUAGUAGCAGCAAUUCCACUAGUAUAGAAAACAUGCAUAAAAAUCUCAUAGAUUCUAGUUUAGGUAGCAGUAAUGGAACUAGCGGUAAUAGCAAACCUGUUCCUGAAGGGGCACACCAGCUAGCAUACGAGCAGCCGGUAAAUGAUACAUCAAGCAGUUUACAGAAUGGGCAAAAUACUAGCAUUCUGAAUAGCUUUACGCGCAAACUUGGACAGAGUAACUGCCCUCCGAUACCGCCGAAUUUGGACGGCCCAAUUGAGGUGGACGUCUCCUACGAGUCCCUAUCGUCGGUCGAACAAAAAUUGGCUCCAAAGUUGCAGCCUGGUGGACAAUAUACUCCUCGUGAAUGCAGCGCUCGAGAUCGGGUCGCGAUAAUUGUCCCCUACCGGGAUCGGGAUCAACACCUUCCGGUUUUUCUCAAAAACAUACAUCCAUUCCUUAUGAAGCAACAGGUUGAGUACGGAGUCUACAUAGUCGAGCAAUCAGCUGGGACGUCGUUCAACCGAGCGUCGCUCAUGAAUAUCGGUUUCGUCGAAGCCAUGAAGCAGAAGAAUUGGGAUUGUAUGGUAUUCCAUGAUGUCGAUCUGCUUCCAAUGGACGACCGGAACCUAUAUACUUGUCCAGAUCAACCACGACACAUGUCCGUAGCGGUUGAUACAUUUGGCUUCAAAUUACCGUACAACACAAUUUUCGGUGGCGUAUCGGCCAUGACCGUGAAACAGUUCCGCACAGUGAACGGCUUUUCCAACGCUUUCUGGGGGUGGGGUGGCGAGGACGACGAUAUGUCGAAUAGACUGAAACAUGUUGGAUUUCAUAUUGCACGCUAUCCGAUCAAUAUCGCACGCUACACCAUGCUGAGCCACAAAAAGGAAAAGGCUAACCCGAAAAGGUAUGAGAAGCUAGUUACUGGUGCUAAGCGUUUCGACAGUGAUGGAUUAAACUCGCUGCACUACCAGCUGAUUAACUUAAUUCGCAAGCCACUUUUCACAUGGGUCCAUGUGGAAAUAUCAGCAGAUAGCAGCUGAUGACAGUCAUUUCUACCGAAUUGGUUCGGAUGAAAUAUAUCGAAUGAAGCCAAAACCGGUAUUUUUGCAAACUCAAUCCCUCUACAGCGAACCGAUACCGAGGUAGGUGAAUAUUUUCAGUGAAAAUACGAUUUCAAAAUCUCGUUGCAACAUAACAGAACUCGAAAGAAUACCAUCGUUUAAACGGUGCUUCCGAUUUGAAUCGAUAUUUCCGCAAAAGAUAAAAUAAUAUUAGUGUUUCUCGCAGUAACUUUGAAUCUUACUCCUGUAAUUUCGUUAUAACUACAUUUAGGUAAACUUACCCGCAUCUGUCUUUUAGUUGCUCUUUUUUAUGUUAGAUGAUUAUGAUCAUACUGUAAAAACUCACAAGAUGAGUGAUUCGGAAAUCUUAAUUACUUAAUUUGUGAAAAGCAAAAAUGAUAAAAUAUAAAGUCCAGUGUUAUAUAAGUCGUUGUAUUGUAUAAAAUAAAAACAACUUCACUGGAAACAACGAUUAACCAAAUUCGAGCUUUUUAAGUGUAAAAACAAUACUUUGUAUAAACAUCAGCGUUAGUGAAUUAUCUGCGAUCUGCGAUUAGUCAGUGUUUUAAAAACAUUUCUAUAGAAGAUUAAGAUAUUAGACCAAAAUUUGAGAACAAAAUUGUAACUUGCAACAUGUUAUUUAUUUUCACAAAUGGGGCACAAUAUAACAUAAAAAUGCUUUCGGUUCCGUCCUGCCGAAAAACUCAGUCCGUAGGGCAAAACGCACAGCUAUUGUGCACGCACGGCAGAGAAGCAGACGAUUAUUCUGCGUGAAAUUUGGUUUCAGAACUGUUUUAAACACGUUAAAUAGCAAUGAGCAUUUAGAACUUAAGGAAACUUGAUUGAAUCCCGAAACAUUUGAGUAUAACAAUAAGCUAACAGUUAAGUAAUCUCCAAUCAAAUACAAGCAACAUACGGGGUCAUUUUGCCGCAAUAAAGAUAACAAAAGACGAUUUUUUAACUAUUAAGUUCCGUUUUGAAACGAAAGAUAUUUUCAUAUUAUGAAACUCGAAGUAUGUGUUAGUAUUGUUACAAAAAUUAAUCGUUUCUAAAGAAUUCAAGCUGAUUGGAUCAAUUUUUACAAAACUUUCAUGACCCCCCCAAAAGUAUUACACCAGCAGCUGAAUACAAUGACGCAUAAGAUAAACUUAAUCUAGAGGUGAUUGAUAUUUUUGAGUAGAAUAUAAAGUAUUUAUUAUUACGAUUCUCAACAACAAAAAUAACACGAGUGUUAGGUCUCGAUAGUUCAGUGAAACUGACCAUAGAUGCUGACGCGCACAAAGUACUUAGUGAUAAGAGACAUUUUCACGGCAACGUGGCCGAAGGUCGAUGGUACGGGGUGGAAGAGCCACACACAACAAACAGCCAGGUAUUUCACGAUUUGCUUCUGUUUGGCCUGUAGAUCUCUUGUCACGUUGCUGCCAAAUUAAUAAAAAAAAACACACAAACAAAUAAUACUUCUACAUAGAUUGGUUUUAAACUUGCCUAGUGUUGAACUCGUAUUGGUUUUCUACACUAUUAAUUCAUUUGUAAUUUGGAUUGUUGCAAACAAUGAGAACAUUGCCAGUCUGGUUGACUUUGAUUACAAAAUAUAGAAACAAAAGUAAGAGUUUUAAACCCAGGCCACACAUAGAUAUUAACGCGUUGGACGGAUAGAAGUUUUCGGUGGUUAAAUUCAGAUAAACUAAAUUGAACAAUCUGUAAAUGAUGGAAGUCAUAGUAUUUACAAACAUAAUACUACCAAAGUAAAGAGCAACUUGGCCAAUGAGUGAAGAUUCUUUACACGUCGGUUAUAUUACAGUUUAAAGGUUUUACCGGUCGCAUGUAUACUCCUGGUGUAUCCUUUAUUUUGGAGUGUAAAAUGCCCCUCUUAUAAUAAUAUUUUAAAAUAUUUUCUCGAAACUGUUCUAAGAACACAUGCCAGAACAUUCCUUAUUUUUCCGACCAUUUCUAAUAGGACUUAUCUGCUGAAACCGAUUUGGAAUGUUAUUUUUAAUAUAAAGAUAGUUCAAGCCUAAGCGACUUGGACUAUAUGAAGUUGGCUUCAUUCAAAUUGGUUUUGGAGUCCCUUGGCUCCUCCGAUCUGUUUGAACCAUCACUGUGAUACUGUGACUAUGCUCCUCUUUCUAGUACCGGAAACUUUUUAAUCGAAUUACUGUUCGACAUCGUUACGAUGUGUCCAGCCUACCGCGCACUACUGACUUUUGCAAGAUGUGCAAGGUGUUCUCUCCAAGGAGCGCGUGCAUUUAUUGAUGUCUAUAUUAUCGGCAUUCUCCAGCUUCUGGUUGUAAUCUAGCAAUCUCUAAACUUGCUGGCGGUGUAAUCGACGGUCAAUAAGUGAUCCCAAAUAUUCGUCCAUCUCAAGCUCGUCGUCGUUCCAUUAAGAGAUCGCCGUAAAACGCGCCCAUAGUAAACCACAUAGUUGAGGCGCGUAAAUUUAUCUGCAAAUAUAUUCUUGUUCUCGUGCUUCAAACUCUUUGGAAACCUACCAAGUACUGAUCCAUGAGACACCUUGAUUAACAGGUGCGAGCUCCAUUACGAACCUACUACAGAUACAGAGCUCAACAUUGUGGUCGCAAUGGUCCUAAUCUUCCGGCGUCUAAAAGCCUAACUUAAGAAACAGACGCUCAAGAAAAAGUUCUUCCGUGGCAGGGGGGUAUUUUGGUUAUUGAUCAGAGAGACUGUCUUAAACAACUUUCAAAAGUUUAGUUCUAAGUGAAGUUUAAAAUGGCAAUUUCGAUCACACUUCGGGGAUCUCAUUUACCGUCGGUUGCACUGCAUAAGUUAAGACAUGUUCAUUUAUUUCUCUAAAAGUAACUUUUAUCUAUUUGCAAAUUCUGUUAGAAAGUUACUUUUAAAGGGCAGUUAUAAAGUACCUAUAUGCAUUUGUACAGCGAGUACACGGAACAAUUGGUAUCUGAAGCAUGAAUCUCAUGCCAGAGUUUGUGUAGGAUUAUGUUUGCAAAUCUAUACUGGUUGUAAAAAUUCACAUCUGUUGUAUGUAAAAUAUAUCCGAGGUUAAUUGAAAACUAUUGCAUUGAAUGGCAUUCCUUAACAGUGAUACUUAGAAUCUCGAACAAUAAUUCGAUGCUCCAAUAUGCAACAAAGAGCAAAUAAAUUAUUUUCUAAACAAAUUCUGUAUUCGUUACCUGUUUAGUUCAACCUCAAUUUGUAUUUCCGAACCUUCAAAUAUAAAGUACACAAAAGCUAUCAUACGAUUUCAAUUCCAGUUCGAAGAAAUUAAAAAAAGUGUAGGUAAAAAGUGCCAUAUCAACUAAGAAAAGAAUGAUAAUAAUACAAAAGUUUAUUGAUUUGCGAUUCUGAUCAAACUCAAACACGUGCACGAACAAACUGAUCAGUAUGAUAAAAAUACCAUCUAGACAAAAAAAGAUGUACGAAAUCCUAACAAAUCUAAUCUGUUUUUUGGACAAGCGCGCACACGAACAACUUGUUGAAAAUUUCUUUUAGUAGUGAUAAAUGAGACUUAGAUACUUUACGCAAAACAUAUAGGAAACGAAUUUAAUGAAUACGGUUUUGUAAUCGA